AAACACACUAACUUAUACCAAACCGCGACGACGAAGAUGCCACCAUUAGAGGACCUGCCUCCGACCGAAGCUCUAGAGAUCGACAACGGUCUCGCUUUGGUCCCCCGCGUGAAGCUCACUCUCACAAUCUACCCAGUCGUUCCGUCCGUCUCGAAGCCCAUCGACGAAUGGCAGCUCAAACGAGCCUUGAUCGAUUUCCUCAAGACCUCCUUCGUCCCAGCCGUGACGGUUCCGGAGGAAGAUAUCGUAGUCCGGCGACACAAGGACCUGAAGAAGCGGAAACGUGAGGAACCCGUUGCAAAUGGGUUACUAUUCGUUCGCGAGUUAGGGUUUCUGAAGAGGAAGAAGAAGACGGCGAGUGGUGAUGGCGGGGAAGAUGUAGUGGGUUUGGAGAAGAAGUUUCUGGAGUGGAGGAAGCGUUUGGUGGAGAAGAUGGAUGACAUUGAGCUCAACCUUGAAGGGGUUAAGUACAAGCUUAGUGUUACACUUCCUGUGUCUGAGGAUUUCGAGAGGUUGAAGAAGGAUUGGGAGGAAUUCUACGCUUUUGGGAAUUCGGGAUAUUCAAGGGAUGGGAGGCGAGAACCCGAUACGAUUAUAGUCAGAGGGGUUCCAUCGAGAUGGUUCGCAGAGCCAAGGGUUUCUUCAAAGCCUUCCAUGUUGGUUACACAUACAAUCUUCUCUACCUUUGGCAAAAUAAGGAAUCUUAAUGUUGCCGAGGAUGGCGAUCUAGGUAAGGAUGCAGAAGAGGACAAUGGGGAUCUUGCAUCGGGUCUUCACUGCAAGAUUGUGGUUCAGUUCGAGAAUUACCGAGAUUUUUUGAAUACCAUAAAGGCUUUUUGUGGCCGUUCAAUGCAAAAGGAAGGUUCUCGGUUAAAGGCAGAUUAUGAGGUAACAUGGGAUAGGGACAAUUAUUUCAGAAACUCGAGAAACCAGACGGUAGAGAAGUCUGAUCCAGGAGACAGCCGAUACAGGAGCGAGGCGUUCAGGCGCAAACCCUUCUUCUCCGACCACAAUGUGGACGAUACACGCAGAAAGAGAUUCAGGGACUAGAAUAUCGGCAUCAUCCAUGUUGUUCUUGACCUUUAUGGCUCCAACGGGGGGGGAGAGAGAGAGAGAGAGAGAGAGCUUUUGCUUUCUGGGUUUGAUUCAUGGUCAUGAACUCUUUAGCCAAAGCAGACGUUUUUAUUUUUGGCAAAUAUCUCUGUUAACUAAAAAAAAUUCUAUUGGUUUUUAAUUUGAAAAAGCGACAUGAUGCAAGGAAUUCA